AGUCUAAAAAUUGGUUUGCUGAUUGGAACCAUUGUCUCUGCGGACCUAAAAAAGAAGACCAAAAUGUCACACCUCUCAAUCUCCAAAGAUGGUAAGCUUGGCUGUGGCAGCUGCUUCACAAGCUGCCAAGGAAACUGCGUCCCAGGGACCAUAAAUUUAUUUAACGGAGUCGGGGAAAGGGCCAUCGUUCACCCUGAUCAUGUAGCCUUUUCUUCUUUUGGCGUCGCGCGCUCUACUCGCCUCGGUGCUGAAUCCGUGUACAAUCCUGGUGAUCAUGUGGCGAUGGUUUAUAAUGACGCCAACACCUCUUUUUCCACAGUGAUCGUUCGCUGUGAUACUUGGGCGGUGCAGUGGGGCGUCGAAAGAUCUGCCUGUCUUGCCGACGCACGAGUAGUACAUUUGGUAAACCUGUGCGCCAACACAGUUUGCGGCAUUGCGACAUCCAAAAGUACGACGACACCCCCCGGAGAGCAACGCGUUUUCAUCGCCACUCGUUUCGAUGUUCCGUCGACCAGCCGGAAAGCAAAUAAAGAAUGGAGACACUUUCUUGCCGCCCCUAGAAUUGUUGUUACCGGCUUCGAAAACGAGGGCAUUGUGCGUGUUGUAGCAUACGACAGGAAUAGCUUUCUACUGCUCACGUUGAAAGGCUCACUUGCGCUUGUGCGGCUCAACGUUGAUGUGCUGAAAUCAAAGCAGAAAACGGAUGUUGGUCUUUUCGAGGCGAGGCUCGUGGGCAGUAAACUGCGCGGUGUCUCGGCGGAGUCACGGCUUGUCGUGUAUGCGGACGACGACGCGGACCGUGCGUACGCGGCGAUCUAUUCGCUGGGCGGCAGCGAGGUGCAACUCAUUCAAUUUUCAAGAAACAUAAGUGAAUCAGUGGACGCCCCAGAGCUGGCGGUGGUUACUGAGAUGACCACAGGCGUCCCGGUUGAUACACUGGCUUUCGCCGGACCGUUCCACCUCUGCUUCUGCUCUAAUCGUGCGCAGCAAAAUGUUCAGUUUUGCGGCUUAGUUCCCGGCGCAGCAGCCUUGGAGACGAUGAUGUUUGACCCGUUAACCGCUCCCUACGAGCCUCUUGGAGUUUUCUACAACGACGCCGACGAGCGCGUCGUGCUUCUUUCCUCCUCGCUGGGCUGCACUACGUUUGCCGCUGCAAGCGAUGUGCAAAAAGUGAGUUCCAUCAUCGAGACGUCGCUUGAUUUCUCCGCUGGUCCGUUUGGACAGGACACCUUAAAAACUGUUUCGUGGAGUUCCGUUGCAAACCCGUUUCGCCAUCACGGUCCGCGAACGAGCCGCUUCGCCGGGAAAGACAGCGAUCAAGAGGACGACGGGGACGUGCAGGUGCUCGAGGAAGCCACCGCGCACAAUGCGGGGCGGUGGACACCGUUGACGCUUUGUUACGCCCUCGCCUCCAACAAUACGCCUCGCGGAACCGACGUCGCCAUCUUCAGUGUGGAGACGGCGCCAUUUCUGCAUACGCGCCUCAUCAAGCAGUGGCACAACGCGACAGCCGGUCUGAAGCAAGUUUUGGGUGCAGUCUCCACCCGAUCGUACACUGCCGUUGCGCUUCCCUGGAAUCCUCGCCACAUUCGUCGCGCGUUGCGGCUCCUCAGUCAAGGGGAACUUUCCGCACUUCUCCAUGGCAUUGCCGUCGCCAUCUCGGCCAGCGAGCGUAUGUCUUCAUCCGUGGCAUAUGCUGAUGCCACCACGGCUGCAGUGGGGAUGGCGUUGCACGUGAUCACACUUGCUCGGCAAAUGGGAGCCGCUCUUCAGCCGGACGAUGUGAAGACUGUUGCAACCAUGCUGCGAGCGUGUAGAGAGUGCGGCCACGAGCUCCUGCGGUACGCAAGCCGCAUGGAGCUAUUGAUGGAGAGCUGUUUGCAACAAAAGGCCAUGAGCCGCAUACUGCGGCGCCGCCCUGCUUCCACACAGGGUGGUGACUACGAUACUGCAACGCAGGACUUGGAGAGAAACUUUUACGGCAUCUCGGCGGAGCUACAGACGGAGCGUACGCUGCACACGCGAUACACCUUCAACACCUGGGCGCAGCACUUGGCGUCACACGAGUCGUCUCACCGCAGCGCAGGUGCGGGAGCGUUGCGAUUCCUGUCGCUUGUGAAGCGCGGCAAUGAGAGCGCUGGGGAUCGCGCACUGAGCGACUGGAGACGACUGGGAACGGCUCCGCAUCAAGACCCUGUCCUCGACACGUUUGAGCAAACCCUGUUGUAG